UUAAAUAGAAAAACUAGAAACUUUUAAUUCAUGAGAUAUUCGAAAUUCAAAGUUUAAACCAUGGGCAUUAAUGAAAGAAAAGGAAAGGGUGGCAGAAGGCAUUGGAGGGUAUUUAUGAGGAAUUCACGUUCAUUAUUUAAAUUGCUUAGAGUUGAUAGGAGUUCAAAAUGUGUAGCAGAGGAGGCAAUAGGGAAUUUGCAGAGGUUGAUUUUGAAGUUGAAAAGAAGCAGGUGACAGAAGAAGAGGUAGGUAAAACACAUCCAUAGAGAUUGGGAGGGAUCACGUAACUCCCAAACUCCUACACUGUCCUAAACUCUGUCAGAUAUGCUGUCUAUUCAGAUUUAUUGCUCUGCCCCGUAUCACGCCCCCAUUUAAUAUCCGCAUCUUCUUAUAUCCCCACCCAACUCCACCAUUCCCAUCCCUUUCUAUGGCUUCACCAAAACCCAAAUCAGGGAAAAGACUCGCAGAAUUUCUAAAGGAACAACAAGACCCUUUCAUCCUAGACCUUUACCUUCUCGAAAGAGGUUACUCAACCACUGCACAAUCCGCCAACAACAGAAAGAGAGAGCCUCUAUUUCAAUUUUCCAAACUUCUCACUACUCUACACAAGAAGCUUCUUUUCCACAACCCUACCUGUAUUCUGAUCAGGGAAUCUCACAUCAUAGACCAACAUGUUCUUGAUAGUGUCCCUCGUGGAGCCGAAAGCAGUGAUCAAACAAUCGAAGACACGGAUCGCUUCUCGUUCUCAACAGCCACCAACUCGACCGUGUACCUCUCGUGCUCCGACACCGAUGAAGACGGAACCGCGCUGUCGCCACAGAAAAACAAAGCUUUGUUUUCUCCACAUACUGGAAUACCGCAGAGCCAACAGACUACCGACAAUGAAAAGCAGGAGCAGAGAUGCUUAGAAGGAGACCCUGUUGCAGAUUGUGGGAGAAGAACAGUUUCUGUAACGGAGGAGGCGACGUUGAAGCGGGAUUUUUCGGGGAAGGAGGAGAGAAGGAGCAAUUGCUGUGUGUUUGUGCCGAAGAAAAUGACGGAGGAUCCGGUGUUAUCGGUGGCACUGUGGAGUUCGGUGAUUCAGUCGGCGAAGAGAGAAAAGUGUAACAAGGAGUUGGGAGAGGUUCUUGGGGCAAACGCAAACGUUUGCCACGUCUUGAAAUCUAAAACUCUUCUGCAUAAGCUGAAGCAGGUGGUGUUUUAUUGUGUGAGAGAAAUUAGUGUAAAUGUUUGGAGAAAAGAGUGUAGGGAACACCAAUGUUUGAAAGAAUCAAGGGGGCGUGAAGAGUUGGGGAAGAUAAUAUGUGUGAGGACAAGGGAAUUGGGUGCAAAUGAGAAAAACAGAAUAACGAGCUUGCUGAGUUUGGAUGAAUGGGGUGAGUUUAAGCCUCAAGUGAGACAUAUUUGCGUUGAGAUUGCGGACGCGCUUUUGGAACGCUUCACCCAGGACAUUGUAGCAGAGAUGAUUCAACUUUACUCUGCUCCAAAACUCUGAUUCAUUUCGAUUGCAAAUGUAACUCCUUCUCAAACGUUGCCGUUUUUCGGAAUUGUAAAAUUAUACGUGCAAUCUUCAACUCCCGCAAUGGUGUAUGCUCACUUUUAUUUUUAUUUUUAUUAAUCCUGCACAAUGCUAGAAUUUUGUUAGA